AAUAUAUGAACACUCUUUAUCCAAAACAAAUCCAAAGAACAAAAAUUGAAAAUGGAUGAAAAUUUGGGAGAAAAAUCAAAUCAACACGGUUGAUAAUAGAUUGAAGCUUUGUAAAUGUUCUCUCUAUUAAACCCAACCUGAAAUUUCUUCAUUGACGACUAGUUUUCCCCGAUGGAAACCAUUGUUUCUUCACAUUCGCUCUCCUCCCUCUUCAGUCCAAAACCCCCCAUUUUCAGAGCUUCCACCCCUUCUCUCCCACAAAUCAGACACUUUUCUCUCUCUACAGCAAAACCCACAUCCCAAAAUUCAAGAAAUCUCUCUCUAGCAGCUUUACAAACACACCCAACUUCUCCUCUCUCUGACAAGAAGUGGGUCAACUGCAUUCAGCAGGGCCUUGCAGCCAUUGCAGUCUCUCUUGCUCUCAAUUUCUUUACAGUUUCUCCUGCUCAGAUUGCUCAAGCUUCGGAGUUUGAUGUGAUCAAUGGAGGUCCACCAACUGAGUCUUAUGUGGUGGAUGAUGCAGGGGUUCUUAGCAGGGUGACUAAGUCGGACGUUAAGCGAUUGUUAUCAGAUUUGGAGUCAAGGAAGAAGUUCCAUAUUGAUUUCAUCACGGUCCGAAAGCUCACUAGCAAAGCCGACGCAUUCGAGUAUGCAGACCAAGUGUUGGAACGCUGGUACCCCUCGAUUGAAGAAGGUAAUGAUAAGGGGAUUGUUGUGCUUGUCACCAGUCAGAAAGAAGGUGCUGUCACAGGUGGACCUAAGUUCAUUCAAGCUGUAGGAGAUACAGUUCUCGAUGCCACUGUAUCAGAAAACCUCCCUGUCUUGGCCACUGAGGAGAAGUACAAUGAAGCUGUAUUUAGCACUGCAACGAGGUUGGUAGCAGCCAUUGAUGGCUUACCAGACCCUGGUGGCCCCAAGUUCCAGGACAACAAGAGAGAGUCCAACUUCAAGACUCGUGAAGAGACUGAAGAGAAGCGAGGCCAAUUCACCGCAGUUGUUGGAGGCUUGCUUGUGAUCGCAUUUGUGGUUCCAAUGGCUCAGUACUAUGCAUAUGUCUCGAGAAAGUAGACACCGGAGGCUCAAUAUUUAUCAGCGACUAAAAUUGUAUAAUCUGUUAUAUGUUGUAGAGGAUAUGAUUUAUGAGAAAAUUUUCUACUAUUCAGUAAAGAAACUCAUUUUGUAGCUACCAUACAUUAAUCAAUUAAUGCAUUUACUACUUGAUCUUUUCUCA